ACGCAGACAUUCUUUAUCAUUCAUCAACUCAAGUACUGAUCAAUAUCCCUAGCAAGUUACAUUAUCAGGCUGCAUUAUUGUGUUCUGGGUGUCUCCAUGGCUCUGAUACAGGUAAAGUUAUGGGGGUCUUAAACUGGUGCACACUAUCCCAAAGGAGGGAACAACACAUUCUUAACUUCAUGUACAAAGUAAUCAGAAACCAGGUACCCUCCUAUGUAUCUUCAAUAUUUGAAGAAUUCAAAAAUCCAGCUACCAGAAGAACAAGCAAUACAGAGGUAUACCAAAUUCCUAUAAGGUCAACUGCCCAAUUUAUUAAAUCCCCUAUUCCUAAUGCAAUAUCACUGUGGAACAAAUUACCAAAACCUCUUUUAGAAUAUGCCUUAAAAUUUUCCCUACCAGCGUUCAAAAAAGAAAGUAAUAAACACUAUCUGCCCAAGAGAAUAAUCAGUUCAACGUCCCUGAUUAAUUUAACAAGGUCUCAAGAAAUCACUCUCAACAGAGCUCGUGUUGACUUAUUUUUGAAAGCAAGACUUUUUGCACACCAAUUUACUUUUAUAGACUCGGCUCAUUGUUCUUGCGGCAAACCUGAAACACUAAAACAUUUAUUUUUCAAGUGUCCUCUAUGCCAAAUUAAUAGGCAUGCCCUGAUGGAAGAGGUCAACAAUAAUUUUUAUAAUAAGAUCAGUCAACUAACAAACAUGGAUGAUAAACUUAAUUUUCUCUUAUAUGGUGACGAGACAUUAUCCUUAGCAGAACUAAGUAAACUUUUUAUCAUCGUCAGCAAUUUUCUCCAUGACAAUAAGAC